GGGCCAAUAACCCAUUUGCGCAAGGACACCAGCAAUCGACUGACCAGCCGUUUUUCUCCGUAUGAUACCUCAUUUCCCCCCAUUGCUAUUGGGGUAUGUUCCUGGACGACGAUGGUAUUAAAGAGACAGUGGCCUCUGGCUGUUUGGUCCCUGGGUCCAUUACGGUUUUCUUCAUUAUCUCCUUGCCCUCUGGUCCUCACUUACAUAAUGUACAUGCCCUUACCGUAAACUUCCUUCUCUCGUCGUUUGCUUCACUCUGCCGUGUUUCUGGAUUAGGGCGUGGGCACUGAGCGUGGGUCCUGUGACCUCAAGACUCCAGAAUUACGCAGUAUGCUGUGGUGCUUCCGGCAGCGCCAUCCCUCUUAACAGGACGAGU